AUUCACCGCCCGUCCGUGACGUCAGUCGCUCACUACGUGGUGACGUCACGACGCGCAAACCACCUGACGUCCGGUCACCGACAGAGAGAGAGAGAGAGAGAGAGACGGUGUAUCCCUAUCGUAUCUAUGGUGAACCAUGAGUAACAGCCACCAGUUACGGCCACGCACGUCAGCCGGGGAGAUUGACCAUGUGGACAUGCUGUCAGAGCACGUGGGGGCUCUGCUCCAUGAUGGCGAGUACAGCGAUGUCACCUUUCUGGUGGAAAAGAAACGCUUUCCUGCUCACCGUGUGAUCCUGGCAGCGAGAUGUCAGUAUUUUAGGGCUUUGCUGUAUGGUGGAAUGAGGGAGUCACAUCCCCAGGCUGAGAUUCCCCUGGUAGAUACGACGGCUGCAGCGUUUAGUAUGCUGCUGAAGUACAUCUACACGGGCCGAGUCUCACUGAGCAACGAGAAGGAGGAAGUCUUGCUGGAUUUUCUUAGUCUUUCCAAUAAGUAUGGAUUCCCUGAGCUAGAAGAUGCCACAUCGGAUUACCUUUGUACAAUCUUGAACAUUAACAACGUGUGCAUGGUUUAUGACGUGGCCAGUCUUUACUCUCUGGCCAAACUUAGUAACACCUGCUGUCUAUAUAUGGAUAGAAGUGCCAAGGCAGUUCUAACCAGUGAUGGAUUCCUCACUGUGUCGAAGGCUGCUCUGCUGAGCAUCGUAUCUCGAGAUUCCUUUGCAGCUCCUGAAAAGGACAUUUUUCUGGCCCUGGUGAAUUGGUGUAAACGGAACCCGGAUGAGACACACCCUGAGAUCCUCCAAGCAGUUAGGCUGCCCCUGAUGAGCCUGACUGAACUGCUGAACGUGGUCAGGCCAGCAGCGCUGCUCUCUGCAGACACCAUUUUAGACGCAAUCAAAAUCCGCUCUGAGAGCCGAGACAUGGAACUUAACUACAGAGGCAUGCUGAUCCCCGAAGAGAACAUUGCCACGUUGAAACAUGGCGCGCAAAUCAUUACUGGGGAGCUGAGAGCCUCGCUUCUCGAUGGUGACACACAGAAUUAUGAUCUAGACCAUGGAUUCUCCCGCCACCCCAUUGAUGAUGAUUGUCGGUCAGGGAUUUGUGUGAAAUUGGGGCAGCCGUCCAUCAUCAACCACAUUCGUGUUCUGCUCUGGGACCGUGACAGCAGGUCCUAUUCCUACUAUAUUGAAGUGUCGAUGGAUGAGCUGGACUGGAUUCGCGUCAUCGAUCACAGCAAAUAUCUAUGUCGAUCUUGGCAGAACCUCUACUUCACCCCACGGGUCUGCAGGUACAUCCGCAUCGUUGGCACACACAACACCGUCAACAAAGUCUUCCAUCUGGUCUCGUUGGAGUGUUUGUUCACCAAUGAGCCCUUUCUACUGGACUCUGGAAUCCUGGUUCCUACCGAGAACGUGGCGACAAUCUCUGAGAGCGCCAGUGUUAUCGAGGGAGUGAGCCGGAGCCGGAAUGCUCUGCUCAAUGGCGACACCAAGAACUACGACUGGGACUCGGGCUACACCUGUCACCAGCUCGGCAGCGGGGCCAUUGUGGUGCAGUUGGCUCAGCCCUUCAUGAUUGCAUCCAUGAGGCUCCUGCUCUGGGACUGCGAUGAUCGAAGCUACAGCUACUAUAUCGAAGUGUCGAACAACCUGCAGAAAUGGACAAUGGUUGCGGAUCGGACAAAGGUUACAUGCAAAUCAUGGCAAACGAUCAACUUUGAUCGACAGCCCAUGGUGUUCAUCAGGAUUGUGGGCACGUACAACACAGCUAAUGAGGUGUUUCACUGUGUGCACUUUGAGUGCCCGACACAGAUCAGCGUGCAAACACAGCAUCCUGAAACCAGCGAGCAGGGCUCUGGCCAGAGAGAUCCGCAGAAAAGGUUGAGGCAGAUUCGAUCUCCGGGAGCAUCAUCUCAGUCGGAAACCAGACCCCAAUCCGGUCACUGAGCCACUGGCAGGAAACUGGGAGAGCUGGAGGGAUCGAGGUGGAGACGAGUGGAGAGGUGGAAAGAAUGAUGGGGCUUGGGGACAGGGGGGAGGGAUUCAGGCACCGAUGGGAACCGGUGGGCAAGUUACAGUGAGGGCUAAGGGGGAUCGAGGCCUUGUUCAAGUAGCAUUGCGCUGUAACCUCAACCUUUCACCUGCUGUUUGUGAGUGUGUGGUGCUCCCUCACCUGCUGCAAAUCAGCGCAGCUCCAGUGGGAAUCGGACGCCCCGGUGGGAAUUUUAUGGCUUGUCAGAGUAGAAGAUCCAAGGGCUCACUUCAUGUCAUCCCUUUCCAUUCCCAGCUGUGGAACCAGCAACAGCCAUCCAAAGAAUGGAGGUAAUGGGGGCCUCAAGCCAGUCCUGGGUGUUAAUAAUACUUGCAUUUGACAUAGCGCCUUAUCACGACUUUGAAG